AUGGCGCACGGAUAUGCCGGGCCGGAGGUCGGCCGCGGCAGCGUGCUCUCACCUGCCACAGUUGCCGUCGGGGCAUCGGCCGAGGUCUUCAGCAGCACUUCCGGCCAGUGGGAGCACUGCAAGGUGGUUCGUGUGGAAGACAACAUUGCCACCGUGGCCUACCAACGAGGCGGAGACCACGUCCAAAAGGCCGAUCUAGAAUUCAGGCCCUCCCCGUGGGCCAUCCGCAGCUCCGGCUCCGGGGCUCAGUGCCUGCCGCCCCGAGAUUUCGACCCGUGUGCCGCGAGGGCGUCAAGUGCAGGGCCCGACAAGAUGCGCGGCACCUUGAAGCUUGGAGCCAUCCUUUCGACCUGGACUUCCGAUGCAGCUGCGAAAAAGAAGGACUGCAGCCCACCCCGCCAACGCUACAUCUUCUUUUUGGAUGGGUGGAUGCUGAUGACUCCGGAAAGAUUUCCAGGGCCGAGCUGGAAGGCGCCUUGCCGCUUUUGGAGCGCCUCCAAGGAGAGAGGCUGGCGCUCACGGAAGAGUCCUGGGAGCGGCUGGACGAGGACGGAAACGGCGCUGUGA